CAUCGACCCGAUGAGGUCACGGUGCCCCAGUGCACCCCGGCCUGACCAGGGCACGUCAGAGCGUUGCCAGUGCAAAGUGCUCAUUUCACUUCUGAACUCCGUCGAGACAAGGACGUGAAAAGUUUUCUUGCUGUUCCAACAGCUUAUUUUACGAAUUUUUGACUUACUAGUAUUCCUAGUAGUCUAUCAUGGACGUGUAUAAUAUUGACUAUGUCACGCUGAACGACAGCGUGGCCAAGAUGCGGCUCAGGGAGAAGCUGCUAGCGGAACAGGGUGUCCAGCUUCCUAAGGCACCAUCCAAGGCCCAGCGGGAGGCUGCCGUCGCCGCUGCCGCCGCUGUACCGGUUCCCCUGGCCGUCGCCGCCGCUGCUGUCGUUGCGCCUGUUCCCCUGGCCGUGUCAGAGGGGGACGUGGCGAAGCGGCAGGGACCACUGUCCCAACCUGGAAAGAAGGACACUAGCGCGAGUGAGCCAACUUUGGCAGAGUGUGUAGAGGUCCCGUCUUCUGUCCCAAACAAGGGGACAUCGGCACCAACUGUUCAGCGGGAGGAAACAGAUGGGAACCGGUUGGUCAAUAAGGAAGAAGAGAACCUGUUGAUCAGUAAGGACGAAGAGAACCUGUUGGUCAGUAAGGACGAAGAGAACCUGUUGGUCAGUAAGGACGAAGAGAACCUGUUGAUCAAUAACGACGAAGAGAACCCGUUGAUCAAUAAGGACGAAGAGAACCCGUUGAUCAAUAAGGACGAAGAGGAGAACAAGUUGAUCAAUAGCGAAGAGAAGAACAGGUUGAUCAAUAACGACGACGAGAACCUGGAGCUGGCUGUUCAGCAUCUUUGCUGCACAGCCAUAAGGGAUGCCUGCAAGGAGUUGCAAGAAGAUCUAGAGGAGAGUCUCAGUAAGGAGGAGGAGGACGGGAAGGAAGAGAAGCUUGUUAGCACCACGCCGCGUCAGUACGGCGGAAAAAUGCGCCUGGAUCGAGAGAACGCAGAUGAGAGGGAGAGAUGGUUGGUGAAGACUCCGGAGAUACUUGCUCGAAAUGCCAUAGAGGGAGCCUUCAAGGUACUGCGCGGUGAGAUGGAACCAAGCUGCGACACCCUCUCGGGACAAAAUAUACAUCUCCAAUAUAUGUCUAUCCGCGAUGCAGUAACAGGCUGUGAUGAGAAUGAUCAGGCCACCCAGCAGCCAUUGCAUCAGGAGAAACCAAGCAUUGAGGAGGAGGCCUUGGAAUGUGGCAUCGAGCACAAAGUGACUGAACGUGAAGAGAAGAUGGAGAACUUCCAUGAAGAGGAGAACAACAUCAUUGAGGAAAAGGAGCAGACACAGCCAAAGACCAAGAAGGGGUGGAAAGCACGGGGUAAGGGGGCGGCCAGGAGGCUGGGAAGAGCCGUUAGGCGCCUUCUCACCUCGUGCUUUCGGUGCAGAGUCGCUCCGUGAAGCAUAUUUUUAUAGAAAGAAUUAUUUUUUCGAUGACAAAAUGUCUUAUAUAUGUAUAUUUUAUAUGUAUUUGUGGUUUGAGAGUUGAAUAGUGUGACUUCAUCAAUAUCCAAGUCGGAUGAAGUUUCAUGCUAAUAAGUUGUAAAAUUAGUAUGCAUGCUGUUAUGAUUG